AUGAUACAAUUUUUUAUUUUUCUAAUUGAUGCGGUCUUUUGCACAUUACAAAUACAGCAACCAAGCCAACUGGCUAAUUUUUAUCCAAAUCAAAUUGUCCCAUCAGUCACUGCUAAUUUUGGGAAUCCUUACUUUAAUGAUACUUUUACAGGAUACGUUGUUUUUUUGCCAGAUAGUCAAGAUCCAUGCUCUGAGCUAACUUUGGAGUUUGAUUUAGACACUAUUGUAUUUAUACCUAACACAAAUUUAGCAUGCAGCUAUGCCCAAGUCGUUUAUGAAAUUCAGCUUUGUGGCGGCGGAGGUGUUAUAUUUAACAGCACCUCCAGCAACUAUCAAGUGCAAGGCAAAGUAAUUUCCUUGCCAGAUGGAUGGAAUAAUGACAUUGAAAUUUUUGCUGUAAUGGCAUCAUACACUUCUACAUUCACCUGAAAAUACUAUGGGGACUAUAAAAUUCAGCUUAAAUUUUUUUCUACAGUUAGUCAAUCUCAAAUGCCUGAAAUCUUGAUUGAACUUACGGGAGAUCAUGUCCUUGACUUGAAAUUUCUUUCAGACAUCUAUAAGUAUAUGAUGCCAUUGUCACAUGAUGAUGCAAACAUAGAAAUUUAUUUUAAUUAUUAUUCCUGCAAGAAUUGCAGUGCAUAUGACUGCUACUCUGAUGGAAAAUAUUGCUUAAAUGAUUCUAUGAGUGCAUCUUCAGGGAGAAGCAUGAUAAACCAAACACUUUUCGAAAUCAAUCUGCUGGAUUAUGUGGCACAAUACAGAGAUGCAUACGCAGAUUUUUUUACUUACUCCCACUCCUCCUCCGUGAGUGAUCAAAACCAUUAGAAAAAUCGCUAUUUUUUGCCCAAAAAACCCAUCCUCCGCGAACAAAAAUUUUUUUAAUAGAAAAAAUUUUUUAUGGAAAAAAAUUUUGAUAUAUAAGUGAUAAUUAGUAUAAUGAAAUCUCGAGCUAAUUCUAUUUUUAAUUUUAAACAAAUUGCUUUUUAAAACAUAAAUUUUAUAAAUUAAAUUAAUAUUUGUACCCAAUUUUUGCAAAUUAGGAUUUUUUUAAAUUUUCGAAAAAAAAAAAUUAACCCCCCUCGCGAACAAAAUUUUUUGUUCGACUCACGGAGGGGGAAGUUAUAUAAAAGUCGAGGCUGCAUGGCCGGGAGGCCAUGCCCAGACAAAGACGCCAUAUUUAAUUAUAGCGCUUUCCCGAUGAUGGCGCGGAAUGGCGCGGAAUGGCGCGGAAUGGCGCGGAAUGGCGCGGAAUGGCGCGGAAUGGCGCGAAAUGGCGCGGAAUGGCGCGGAAUGGCGCGGAAUGGCGCGGAAUGGCGCGGAAUGGCGCCAUCCUCGGGAAAGCCAGGAAGGCAUCCACACGGGAACUGGAGUUCCACGUGUGGAUGCCAUUUUGACAUGUGGAAGUUUGGAUCCCACAUGUCAAAAAUGGCAUCCACACGUGGAACUCCCAGUUCCCGUGUGGAUGCUUAGUUGACUUUCCCUGGAUGGCGCCAUUCCGCGCCAUCCUCGGGAAAGCGCUAUUUCCGAGUACUGCAAGUCAGAUUAUUCAGAUUCUUGCAGCAAUUAUGUCUUAGAGUGGCUAGGCUUUAAUUCAGAAGAUAUACAAAUACUGAAUAAUGCAUCGUGGUCAUCCACUAAAAAUAAUGCUUUUUCAGAUAAUCAAAUACUUAAAAGCCAGAUGAAUAGUUGAAAAAGUAAUAAUUUGUGAUUUGCGCCAUCAAUUACUAUAAAUGAUGUGAAGUUUCUUGGAGGGAUGGAAUAUUUUCCUGAAUUUUUUAAGGACAGUUUUACAGAUGAGCCUGUGUCAAGUGAUGGAUAUUGCUCUGAAUAUUGCAGCUUAUCCAUGAUAGAUGAUGGAAUUUGUGAAUCACAGUGUGUCAAAUCUCAGUGCUCUUUUGACAUCGAAGAUUGUAAAAGCUUAAACUCUGGGUGCAAUAGUACUUUAUUAGAUAUACUUCUUUUCUUGGAGUGGCGCUGCAAGUGCAGGCCACUCCAUGUGGAAUUCCUGUGUUGGUUUAACCAACAUAGGAGUUGGUCGAACCAAAACUGUGCGUUGGUUCGACCAACCCAUGAAUUCCCCAUGGAGUGGCCUGCGCUUGCAGCGCCACUCCAAGGAAGUUUCUAUAACUCUGUUUGUGAUCAAGAGUGCAAUACAACUCAUUUCAGCUAUGAUAACUGGGCAUGCGUUUGCAAAUGCAACUCUACCUUAUUAAAUAAUGGGAAGUGCGACUCAGGUUGUAACUCAGAAAUUUGCAGCUACGACUACGGCGCUUGUGCAAGUACCUCACAAUGUAGUUGCUCUGAUGAUUUAUUAUAUAAUGGUGUUUGCAACAAAGAGUGUAAUACAACCGAAUGCCAUUAUGAUAAUUAUGAUUGCAAAAACUACACCAAAGAUGAUGACGAUGAUGAUAAAAGUGUAAGCGUUACAAAUUCACAAAUAGCACUAAUUGCUGGUAUUGUUGGAGGAAGCUUUCUGCUAUUGUAAUUUUUAUUUAGAAUAUUAGGAUCUAUUAUUUUGUGCGUUGUAUACAGAAGGUCAAGGAAUUUAUCAUCACCUGGAAAUAACGACUCUGGAGGAGAGUCAAGAAAUAGUUCGUUUAAUGGAAAUAAUGCAGAGAAUCAAGGGGCAAACCCUUAUCAGCAGUAUGCAAUUAGAUUGCCAUCAAGAAUAAACUCACAACAGAGAGUUAAUAAUAGUCCCAGAAUAAUGCAGUAUCCAGAGAUAUUGAACAGUGAAAUAAUAGCGAGCAAUGAAGAAUCAGAAGCCUCAAGACCAGCUGAAGGAGGUGAAUUGGGCUAUGAAUUUUAUGGAGAGCCAAUUUGCACAAUUUGUUUAGAGAAAGUAUCAAAGAAGAAGCAAGAAAUAACAAGGUGUCUCCAUAUAUUUCACAAAAGGUGUUUAAAGGAAUGGAAGAAUAAAAAGGGUAAGGCAUCUUUGUGCCCUAAUUGCAACAAAAACCUUUGUUAA